AUGUUCUAUACACAUGUGCUUAUGUGUAAACGAGGACCACUGGCCAAAAUUUGGCUUGCAGCUCACUGGGAGAAGAAACUUACAAAAGCCCAUGUAUUUGAAUGUAACCUAGAGAUAACCAUUGAAAAAAUUAUUUCACCGAAGGUGAAAAUUGCGCUUCGAACUUCAGGACACCUUCUUUUGGGAGUUGUUCGAAUCUAUAAUAGGAAGGCAAAAUAUCUUUUGGCAGAUUGCAGUGAAGCAUUUCUUAAAAUGAAGAUGACAUUUCGCCCAGGACUGGUGGACCUUCCAAAAGAGAACUUUGAAGCUGCUUACAAUGCUAUCACAUUGCCAGAAGAAUUUCAUGAUUUUGACACCCAGAAUGUGAAUGCUAUUGAUGUUUCAGAACAUUUUACUCAGAACCAAAGCAAACCAGAAGAAAUCACACUUAGGGAAGAUUAUGGCAAUGAUUUACUUUUCCAAGCCGGGAGCUUUGGGGAGGAACCUGAAAUUCUCAGAAGACAUAGCUUCUUUGAUGACAACAUAUUACUGAAUUCCAGUGGUCCUUUAGUUGAACAUAGUUCUGGAAGCCUCAUUGGAGAAAAAUCUCUAUUCUAUGACAGUGGAGAUGGAUUUGGAGAUGAAGGGGCUGCAGGAGAAAUGAUUGACAAUCUGUUACAAGAUGACCAGAAUAUCCUGUUAGAAGACAUGCAUUUGGACAGAGAAAUUUCCAUGCCUCCUGAACCUCCCAAUACUGCAGUAGUAGAACCAUAUAAUCCAGAAUGUAUAUCUCUACCUGAAAAUGAAAAAAUGGAGGAAACCACGUUAUUAUCAAAUGAAGAGGAAGGAUUUACCCUUGACCCAAUUGUUUCUUCAGAUAUUUCUGAGAAAAGGAAAGGUAAAAGGAGGAAAUUGCUCAUAGAUGCUAUCAAGGAGAUCAGUAGCAAAACUAUGCAUAAACAGCUUACUUCCUUUACCGACACACUCAUGGUUUUGGAACUUGCACCACCCACCCAAAGAUUGAUGAUGUGGAAGAAAAAAGGAGGCGUGGAUAAACUUCUGUCAACUGCUGCCCAGGAUUUGAUUCAUGCUGAACUAAAAAUGUUGCUUACAAAAUGCUUUAUGUCCUCUGGCUUUAAACCUGGAAGAAAAUUGAUACAGAAGGAGUCAGUAAGGGAAGAAAUGGGAAGCCAAAACAUAGUAGAGGCCUCAGUGAUGGAAGAACCAAGUUUCCAGCAAGAGUUAAGUCAACCCCAAACUUGGAAGGAUAUGAUUGAUGCAUCUAAGAGUAGGUCUUAUGAGGAUACCAAUACAAAUAUUAACUCUGAGCAGGAUAUUGUUGAAAUGGUUUCUUCUGCUGCCAGGGAAUCCUCUUUAACAAACGCUUUCAUGGAACAAGAAAUUGAAAAUUGUCCACUUGACUUGGAGUCAUUGGGGAAUGAACAAACUAUUGAGGCAGAAAGAUGGAAUAGAAGACUACUUCAUAUGUUAAAUAGAUUACGGGAAUUCAACAAGAAGGGCAUGCAGUCCUUUAGUCUGAUGAAGCUCUGCAGAAAUAGUGACCGAAAACAAGCAGCUGCCAAAUUUUAUAGUUUUCUUGUCCUAAAAAAACAGCUGGUUAUUGACCUGAGCCAGAGUGUUCCCUAUGCAGAUAUUGUAGCUACUGUGGGACCAAUGUUCCAUAAAAUGUGA